AUUUACCUCUCUGACGUGUAUAAAAUUUACCCAUCCUAAAACCGCUCAGUUAAAUCCGCCCUCAGACCACAGUAACAAUAAAAACUACCACCAUCUCGUACACAUCCAUGUUUCUUGUAAAACAUAAACCCUUCCUCACCUUUAUCCCCCUAUCUCUAAAACCCUAAAAAGUCUUCACUUCAAUCUCAACCCAACAAUCUGCGAGUCAACUCAAUUCAAUCCGAUUUAACUCAAUGAGUUCCUCAAACACCACCCCAAAUUUCGACAGCUUGCUCCUCCAAACCCUAAUGGGCCGUCUCCAAGUCCGCCCACACAACCCACUUCAACAGCCCUCCCCUUUUCUCAAUCAAACCCUCGAAGAUCUCCUCCUCGACUCUCUCAAUCUCUCCGAUGAUGACGAGGAUGACGAUUCCGAUGAUUCCAACAAAACCCAGCUGGCCAAAGAAGAGGCCAAGCUGGAGAAAGACAUAAUUAAGACCAUUUUGAGUAAUAAGACCGAGUGUUUGAAGCCUAAUUCGGGCCAGGCGGUUACGAUUGGGGAGCAUCAUAUUUGUGUCGGGUUUCAUGAGGAGAAGGGCUCCGAUUAUCGGGUUUGGGAGUGGCAUGGGCAUAUUAUGUUGUUUGAUGAGGAGAAUGGGUACACGCCGGAGUAUAUAUAUGGGAAUUAUUUUGAGAGGAUGGUGGGGAAGAAGCCGAGUGACGGUGCCAAGGAGGGGGGAAAGAGUGGUGGGGAGAAGGAGGAGAAAGUGGUUAAUUUGGGAGGGUUGAAGGAACUUAUUGACCAGGGUGAUUCGAGUACUAGUCGCAUUCUUCAUCGGAAUAUAACCGCCGCCUCACCAAGGUUCUAAAUACGAGCUUUACUCACAGUUAGCACAAUGGGAACGUUGUUGCUGAAGACAGUCAAUUUCAAAUCUGCAAUUAGCAGCUCAGCCUCCUGCAGAGAUGGAGUUUGUUGUUUAAUCUUUUGGUUGCUGCUAUCAGUACAAACUGUUAUGAAACAGCACAACUUUAGAGUUUCGUAUUUCCUUUUGAAAUAUAAGGCAGCCCUAGGGCUUGUAUAAUAUGAGAAAUUGUAGCAGUGCUUUUCACUAAGCAGUGAUUGACUUUGAUCAUCUUCA